GCCGAUACACACACAUACACACGAAUGGGUUUGUAAUACGCGUAAACGCAACUCGUAUUAAUUUAACCUCAGCGGCUAUAUGAUGUUGAGAUCCGUCUUUUCACACUGAGGACAACUGAGGGACUCGUACACGACUAUUACACAAGAUUAUCCUGUGAAAAUGGAGGAGCGGUCACUUGAAGAAACGGGUCCUGAUCUGAAAUCUGAAGAUCCGAACGUGGAAGAGGCAGCAGACGUCCUUGACGGUGACGAACCGACUAAACCUGGAGAUGAAAGCUGUGCAGUAGUAGGAGAAGAAGUAGAAGUAGAAGAGACAGAGCAAACAGCAAAUAAAGAGGAUGACGUUAACAUGCAGAAUGCACCGGAAAUCCCUGACGACGAGCUUGAAGCUUCAGCGAUAGGUGAUCUACAAGUUAGUGAUGAUAUUGAGGAGGGUAAUACUGCAGAUGUAGAGAUUUUUCAAAACAUGAAUGAAGAAGAAGAGCCGGAAAGCCAAGUGGACGAAGAUCACAGACAGUGCACAGCUGAUCUUCAACACAACCUUAAAGUGGACUCUGAGGACGAGCAGGAGCUUCUUCAAGAACUCCAAACAGAACAUGAAAAGCUGAGUCAGCUCAAUUACCAGCUCCAAAAAAAACUAGCCGAAUACUUCUGGCUUAAAUCGGGCGGUGAACUGCAGUCAGUGCAAGAGAAGAAUUUCCCAAACCAAGAGUGCUGCCAGAAGUACCCAGACAUCAUAGAGGCUAUUAAGAGGCAAAGGCAGGACAAGCAAAAGCAUCCCCAACAUCAACUUGUUGAUGAUCUGCUUCGGCAGAACAAUGAGAAGCUGGAGGAAAUCGAGUGUGAGUGGAGCAUGCUAGCAUCAGCCAAGCGCGAGGUGAUCAUUACAGACCUGGAGCAGGCGAGGGGCAGGACUGUGGCCCAAGCUGUGGCUGAGAAUCUGAUGACAGCUGCACAGAAAUGCCAGGAUGAAUUUGUCUCUGUCAGUCAUGAAAACUUCAAGCUGAAUCUAAAGAUGCCCAAGUUCCAUGUGAGGGAAGAUGUUCCAGAUGGAGAGAUGAACCUCAUUAACUUAAAGCAGCUAUAUAUUGAGAACCAGACUUACAAUGAAAAGAUCCAGGAGUGCAAAGAGGAUCUGCUUAAGCUCAAGAAGACAUUUCCCCACACUGGACAGAUUCUGAUGCAUGUCAAAGAGAAGUUGAGGUUCGUUCAGGUGGAGAACCAGGUGAAACGAGUGUGUUUUGACGAGCUGGAUGCCUUGGUGCUGCAUGAGCAGGAAGCUCUGACGCAGACAAUGCAGGCACGGGACAGCCUGCGCUGUGACAACCUCUGUAAGCGGCAGGACUGUGGCCUCAUGGGAAAACCGACACUGCUCCGGGACCUUGAGGACACAGAGGAUGAGCGUGAGGCACUCGAGAGACAAGUGGAGAUGCUAAAGAGAAGCAGAAGAGACACAGACAAGACCACACAGAUACAUACAUGACUACAAGUAUACAUGCACAAAUACAAUAACAUGGAGGCCCAUUUAGCAUAUUCUUUUUUUUUUUUUUAGAACAGACUUAUGUUUCCAAAUAUGUGUUAUAUUAAGAUAAAGCAGUAGAAUUUUGUAGAGAAAAAAAAUAUCACUGCAAUUUGUUUAAAUUUAAUCCACACUGUAAUGUUACUGUGUUUUUACCUUCUGUGUCAUUUGACUGAAGAGGGAAAUUUGAAGAAUUAUUGAAAUAAAACAGCUCUUAAUGAUGA